AUGCCAGACCGCGCUUCAGUCGCCUACUUUGGUGCCGGCCCAUCAGCCCUCCCAACCUCUGUUCUCGAAACCGCCGCGGCGUCUCUCAUAAACCAUAAUGGCUCGGGUCUUUCGCUGGUCGAACAAUCCCACCGAUCUGCCUUAUCCGGCCAAAUCCUUCAAAACGCUAAGGAUUCAUUCCUAAAAAUCAUCAAUGCUACGGCAGAUACUCAUACUGUGCUAUUCAUGGCUGGUGGUGGAACACUCCAGUUUUCUGCCGUAGUUUACAAUUUAUUCACAGCUUGGGCGCUUAGGAACCCCGAAAGGGCACAGAACGGAGAACGUGGUGCUUGCGAGUAUCUUAUCACUGGUGGAUGGUCCUCCAAGGCUGCUGAUGAAGCGAAGAGGUUGAUUGGAGAGGAGAAUGUGAACGUUGUGCUUGAUUCUAGGGGUUAUCACCAUGCCGGUGAAGCCAAGAAGUUUGGAAAUAUUCCUGAUUCUGGAGAGUGGAAGAACAAUUUGAAGGCUGGGAAGGAUAGCGCUUUUGUCUAUUUUUGCGACAAUGAGACUGUGGAUGGAGUUGAAUUCCCCAAGGGCUCUCCCGUCGAUGUUCUUGGAGAAGAUCCGGAUAGAAUCAUCGUAGCGGAUAUGAGCUCGAAUAUUCUUAGCAGGACUUUCGAUGCUAGCAAGUUUGGCGUCGUAUUCGCUGGAGCUCAAAAGAACGUCGGAUCCACAGGUGUCACUAUCGUUCUUCUCCGAAAUGACAUCCUCAGCCUCCUAGCGUCUGGUGGCUCCCUCCCUCCAAAACUAACCCCACUAAUCCCGGUCACUCCGGUCAUGAUGCAUUAUCCAACCAUUUCUAAGGCUGGAUCGCUCUACAACACACUUCCAAUAUUCGAUGUCUACAUCGCCGGAUUGACACUAACCAAGCUUCUUCAACGUGAUGAGUCUGGAAAGACAGCGCUUGAACAGCAAGAAGCUGAAAGUGAUCUAAAGGCUAAACUUAUCUACGAUGUAUUGGAUAAAUAUGAAAAUAUUUAUCGUGUCGUUCCUGCCAAGAAUGUCAGAAGCAGGAUGAACAUCUGCUUCAGGAUUUCUGCACCAGGCGAUGAGGCUAAGUUUAUCAAGGGAGGCGAGGAGAUUGGACUGCUGGGAUUGAAGGGCCACAGGAGCGUUGGAGGUAUCAGAAUCUCGAAUUAUAACGCCGUCGGCGUCGACAGCGUCAAGAAACUAGUGCAGUACCUCGAAGAGUACGCAAAAGGUAUUUAA